AUGGCCAAAUCCCAUUAUAGUAGCAUGACAGAGAGGCGUCCAGUACACGUCCAUUCACUCCACGCCAUCCUGUGCCAAUAUGAGCCGUAUUAUUUGUUUGUCCUGUGCGAGACACAGGACAGUGUCACCAUCGAUGUCUCUAACAUUCAGAUUAACCUAGGGUAUCCUCAAGAGCACCUCGACUAUCAAGAUGUGCCCGUUUACAGAUGCCACAUGGAGGGUUGUACGUUGGUCAUGAUCAACGGCCUCAAAAUCUGUACCAGCUUCGGUAAGAAGAAGCUGGAAUAUAAGGUUCUGUCCCAGCUCUGCCGCGAUGAAGCGCAGUGCGGCCAUGCAAAUCAGUGGUGA